AUGAGUUUUUCUGGCUCAGUCAGAACCCCCACUAAUUCAAAGAGAGCGAGCUCCAACGGUGACUUCACAUUUGUUACUGUCGCGCCUAAAGGGAAUUUUAAUGACAAUCCUGUAAUAAGAAGGCUUAAAAUAAUGCAGGAUUCAGAAAAAAAAUCGUGGAAAGGGAUUGAUAUAGAAGCGAUUGGCAAACCAGGAAAUGGGAUAAGCAACACUAAAGAACUUUCUGGGUUUUUAAAAUAUUAUGAAGGAAAAUGCACCAAAGUUCUUAACGAAUUGUCGAAGGAAGAAGAUACAAGACCCAUUUUACUCACUUUUUCACCAGUUUCAGAAAAUCAGCUGGUAAAGGAAGGGCCAAUUCCUAAUAUUUAUAGCAAGGGAAACUUUUUGCAGCAGCGUGAAUUGCUGUAUAGGGUUUAUAAAACUGAUGCACGGCUUGUAAGGUCUGUCUUAGAAAUUUCAGGAUUGAGUCCUACAGAUUCUCACGAUUGGAAUAUUUUAUGACUCGGAUCAAGUGGCCAGCCUUACUUAUAUGAAGGCUUGAAUGAGUACCAAAAAAUCAAUCAUUUUCCAAAUUCAUAUGAAAUUACACGAAAAGACCGAAUGCAUAUCAAUCUCUCAGCGAUGAUAGAAAAAUAUGGGAUUGAGGACUUCGAUUUUAUUCCUGAAACUUAUCUUCUUCCUGAUGAUUUUAAUUCAUUUUAUUCACAAUUUCAAAAGGAUAAACAUGCGAAAUGAAUACAUAAGCCAUGCAAUUCCUCACAAGGAAAAGGAAUCUAUUUAGUGGAAUCAUUGUCUGAUAUUCCUGCAGAUGAGCCUUGUGUGGUCUCUAGGUACAUACAAAAUCCUUUGCUUAUCAAUCAAUUGAAAUUUGACAUCAGGAUUUACGUUCUUGUUACUUGCUUUGAGCCUUUAAGGAUUUACAUGUUCAAAGAAGGGCUCGCCAGAUUUGCAAGUGAGCCAUACACUCCUGAUAGCAAAGGAAAUAAGUAUGUUCAUUUGACAAAUUACAGUGUAAAUAAAAAAAAUGAAAAAUUCAUACAGAACCAAGAUUGAAAGCAAGACGAUUACGGCCAUAAGUGAAGUGUUUCAGCCCUUUGCAAACAUCUUGAAGCAGCUGGGGUGGAUAUUGAUUUAUUAUGAAGCAAAAUCUAUGAUUUGAUAAUUAAAACAAUUAUGUCUAUAGAAACCACAGUAGUGGACUCUGUUAAGCAGCUUGCAGUACAUAGGAACAACUGUUUUGAUUUAUUAGGCUUUCAUAAUAAAAUGGCAUUCGGUUCGAGAGAAAUUAGCUCUUCUAAUUUUCUCUCCCUCAUGGAAUUUAUUUAUGGGAUUGGGUUUUCUCUAGAGAAUUUCUGCACAGCAAUAGCAGUUUAACUUUGAAAUAACCAAAGGAACUGCUCCUCAGUGCAGUCAAGAGGCUCAGGGUUUUAUCUCUCAGCACAUCUCCAAGGGAAGAUGACCCUUAGGCGGAGCACGCGCAGGAGCUGAGUAUGGAGAGCGACGGCAAUGCUCCGGGUGAGAUGUGCGGCAACUGGAUGCGAAGCGUCGAUAGAAGGCUUGGCCGGUGAGCUGACCAUCGCGAUUCCAAGAUGGCUCCGUGACGUCACUAGUUUAGCUAAAUCCCCAUUUGUUUAGAGUGUGGCACUAGACACCUUAAACACCAGAUGAUAAAGCUAAGUUAAGUUAAGAUUUAUUAGGUUUUGAUAUCUUAAUAGACUCUGAGCUAAAACCUUGGCUAUUAGAAGUAAAUUUGUCACCAUCAUUAGCUACUGACUCUCCAUUAGAUUUGUUUAUUAAAGGAAAUUUAGUCGCAGAUACCCUGAACCUUGUAGGACUUCGCAUGUUUGAUAGAAAAAAAGAAUCUGCUAAUAAAAUCCGUUCACGUAUAAGAGCAAGACAAAACCAGCUCGCCCAAAGUAGAAAUAAAAACAACAUAAGAGCUAGUUCUCCAGUUUCUCGCAAAAAAGAAUUUUCAAUGUCUCAAAGCUUCAAGAACAUCUUAAAAGAAACUUUAGAAGAGUAUGAAAGACGAGGAAACUUCGUCAGAAUCUAUCCUUCUAAAGGCUGCAGUGUUUACGACCACUACUUCACUACUCUUCGGCCUGUAAACAGGACUCUAUAUAAUUAUUUAUUUGAAGAGCUGCUUUCGCAGAAAUCUGAUGACCAGCUGCCUCCCCCAGAAAUAAAAAGGCCAACUUCAUCUUCUAUGAUGAGCCCUAUAAAGAGCCACUUCAAGUCAGCGCACAAGCCUCGCUCAGCCAAUAUUUCAGUUGACCAUUCAUUGAUGCCAGAGUCUUCAUUUGAGGAAGAAGAAACUAAGUCCAAAGAGCAAUUGAAGGUGCUUUCUUCGAACUCAGAUUUGAAAGCAAACCCUUUGCCAAGCAAAAAAGAAGGGAGACUGAUAAUAACAGGAGAUGACAUUUUAAUUGAGUAUGUCUCCAGGAUUAUGCACGCUAUAAAAGCGAUAAAUGAAGAAAAUUUGAAGCCAUAUUGGAAGAAAAACAUUGAUAACUUCAUUUCACAUCAAGUUUGGCACAGCGAGCCAAAGAAAUCAGAAAACAUGUGAGAAAGGCUGGAAGAAAGGCUUCAGGUGAUGAAAACGCGAAAAAAACAAAUAAAUAACAACGUCGAAGACCUAGAAAGCCAAAAACACAGCGUUUUGCGAGGAUUAUCGGCUUCACAAAUAGAGAAAAUGCUAUUAAGCUCCUCAAAAAAUGCUGCCCACGAAAUAGUAUCAUGCUUAUUUGACCAAGAAGGCAAAGGUGUUUUAACUGGGAUCAUCAAAUGGCUCGCCACAUCUGCAGCGAACCCCCAGGCUCGCUAUUUUAAAGAAAAGCGAAACCGGAAAUUCGACGACACUGAUCAGCAGACUGCAGAGGAAUCAACCCCUCAGUAAGCCUUAUUUAGAAAAAGUUCCAGGAUGUCCCCGACUUCUUCAUCAUCAAUUUUAAAUUCUUUUUCAUCCAGAAGCAGAAAGACGUAA